UGUCACACAGGUUCUCAGGGGCCUUUCCUCAAUGUUGGCCACCUGCCUACUUCUACAGGAAGCUUGCCAGUCCACACAGCGGCCCAAACGGAGGGAUCCAAGGUGGCAAUGAAGCUGCUAAUAGCAGUGAGCCUCAUGUCCGGCCUGCUGGGGAUGGCCCCUGGCCAUUUACCAAAGAAUGGAGAUAGGAUGUGUGUCUACCAGGUGAUCUCCCAAGGGGAUGCUUUAUUUUGCACGGGCAACCUCAAUGUCAUCUACCCAGAGAUAGGGGACAUUGGCUGCAUGUAUGUCCCUGACUGUAACAACUUCAGACAGAAGAUAGGCAGUUGGGGCAAACCUUCCAUCAAAUACUCCCAGGCUAAUGAGAAUAAGAAGUACGUAUUGAUGAUGGUUGAUCCCGAUGCCCCCAGCAGGUAUCAUCCCCAAAAUCGCUACUGGAGACACUGGCUGAUAACUGAUAUCAGUGGUGCUGGCCUCAAGACCGGAAAAAUAAGUGGCCACGAGCUGACCCCCUACCAACCUCCGAGCCCACCACCACAGACUGGCUUCCAUCGAUACCAGUUCAUCCUGUUUGAGCAGCCAAAAAAAGGAAAACCUAUCACCCUGAAGGCUAAUGAAAAUGCUAAGAGAGGUUCCUGGGCCAUGAAUGACUUCAUAAAGCAUUUCCACCUGGGCCAUCCUGUGGCCGCCACCCAAUUCCUCACCCAGAACUAGCAUGGUUUUUUAGCUAGACCUACUAGCCACUGGAGAGAGCUGCCAAUGACCAGGGACAGAACCAGGCCUUUCUUCCAAGCUCUGUGCCGAAGGUACCAGCUCUUUGCCCAGUCACUCUUUCCCCCUACAAGGUCAUCUCAAGCUUGUUGAAAAACUUCAGGCUGUGGCCUCUGGAUUUGGAAUCUCCUUGUCACCCCAUCAAAAAUAAAAAUGACAUCCUAAAUUGCCA